AUGGCCUACGACGAAUCGCUGGCCGCCCGGGUCGAAGCAAUCCUUUCGGAACGAUCCGACGUCGCCGCGCGAAAGAUGUUCGGCGGACUGGCGUUCAUGUUGUCCGGGAACAUGUGCUGCUGCGUAACCGACAAGGGAUUGAUGGUUCGGGUGGGGACAGAGGACUACGCGGCAGCGCUGACGCUGCCUCAUGCCGGCCUGAUGGACGUUACGGGCCGGCCGAUGCGAGGAUGGGUUCUGGUGGAACCGGCCGGGCUGGCGUCGGGCGCCGGCCUGCGCGAAUGGGUUGAGCGCGGCGCGGAUUACGCCGCCACGUUGUCACCGAAAUAG